UAAAAACGCUCCACCAGCCGUUGAUGAGAAAACCGACAGCACCUGAACGCACCUCCGGGCGGGUUCCUCUCUUCAGCCCCACCAUGCCGGCGGGCAUGAAGCCCCUGGAAAAGUUCCUGAAGAAGCAGACCACUGCGCUGACCCGGGCCGGGGGCUUCGUCGGCGGGGUGGCGGACAAGGCUGGCGGGGGCACGGGGGCCUCCCGCCGGAGGGCCAGUCUGUCCCGGGUCGUCCCGUUCUUCCGGGAGACGUCACCGGAGAGCGGACAGCCUCGCGAGGUGUUCAGCCCUGAUAGCGAGGACCCCCCCUCCUGGCCCUCCGCCACGGGGCCCGGUCUGGUCCCGGUGUCCAGCAGCGCCAACAGCUCCGGUUCUGGAUCCGGAGACGUCCGCAGUCCAUCUCUGUCCAGCGACGAGCAGAGCUCCGAGGCCAGCCUGGUCACGGAGGGAGGAGGAGGAGGAGGAGGAGGAGGAGGAGCAGGAGGAGGAGCAGGAGCAGGAGCAGGAGCAGGAGCAGGAGCGACGCCUCUUCCUCCCGACACGCCGGACAACCUGACCCUCGCUCUGCUGGACAGCGCGGCGGGAAGACGCACCGGACUCUGCACAGAAACCCUGCUGGACGACUUCAUGCUGACGCAUCCCAUCUUCCUGACGGCCGACAGGUUCCAGCAGGUCCUGCUGCAGCAAUUCAGCCUGGAGACGGAGGGGAGGGGAGGAGGGAGAGGAGGAGGGGGGAGGAGAGGAGGAGGAGGGGGGGAGGAGGCCGUGAUGGACGGAGCAGAGAGGAGGAGGGCGGUGCUGAAUGUGGCGUUCAGGUACCUGGAAACCUACAGAGAGCUGCUGCAGGAAGAGGGGCGGAGCAACAGCUUCCCCAAGGAGCUGUACCUGUGUGCGGUUCAGGAGUUGAGUCGGUGUCCUGAGCUGGUGGACGACGUUCUUAAACUGCAGAGAUGGACCGAGAUCUUACACACACCCUCUGAUGAAGAGAAGGAGAGCAGGAAGAAGCAGGUUCGUCCUCUGUUCAGACACUUCAGACGCAUCGACGCCUGUCUGCAGCCCAGAGAGGCGUUCAGAGGCUCUGACGAGAUCUUCUGCAGGGUCUACACCCCGGACCACUCCUACGUCACCAUCAGGAGCCGUCUGUCCUGCCGGGUCGGAGAGAUUCUGGCUCUGGUCCGGGAGAAGCUCCAGUACAGCGAAGACCAACCGGUUCUCCCGGGGAACCUCGUACUGGUGGCCGUCACAUCAGCCGGAGAGAAGGUCGUGUUUCGUCCCAGUGAUGAAGCCGUCUUCACCACACUGGGAGUCAACACCCACCUGUUCGCCUGUGAACCCACGGAGCUCGACUCACUGCUUCCUCUGCCUGAGGAGAUCCACUGGACACCUGGUGACAGCAAACUGCAUGACAUGUCAGCAGAGGAAGUAGCCAAUCAGCUGGUGGCGUUCGACUGGGAGCUCUUCAGCUGCGUGCACGAGGUGGAGUUUGUGUGUUACGUGUUUCACGGGGAGCAGUCCCGCUGGCGCCCCCUAAACCUGGAGCUGGUACUGCAGCGCUGCAGCGAGGUGCAGCACUGGGUCGCCACGGAGAUCCUGCAAUGUCAGUCACUGCCAAAGAGGGUCCAGCUGCUCCGCAAGUUCAUCAAGAUCGCAGCACUCUGUAAGCAGCAUCAGGACCUGCUGUCGUUCCUCGCUGUAGUUCUUGGUCUCGACAACCCAGCUCUCAGCAGACUUCGACUCACCUGGGAGGGUCUCCCGGGGAAGUUCAGGAAGCAGUUUCAGCAGUUUGAGAGUGUUGCGGACCCGUCCAGGAACCACAAGUCCUACAGAGACCUGAUCACCAGCCUGAGACCUCCACUGAUCCCCUUCACUCCGCUGCUGCUCAAAGACCUGACGUUCCUCCACGAGAGCUGCAAGACGUUCCACGGAGAACUCGUCAACUUUGAGAAGAUGCACAAAGUGGCCGACAUGGUGAGGAUCAUCAGACGCUACAGGAGCAGCCAGCUUGCCCUGGACACGGAGACCACGCCCCCUCACCUCCAGACCAAGGCCUACGUCCGCCAGCUGCAGGUGAUCGACAACCAGAACCUGCUGUUUGACAUGUCCUGCAGGCUGGAGCCCAAGGACACAUAGAGGAGGAGGAGGAGGAGGAGGUCCUCUUCAUCUUCGUCUUCCUCCUCUCAUGUGGAAUAUUCCCAAACUUUUUGCAACCUGAAUCCUCGUAAUGUCAUCCGCCACUUCCUGUGGCGGCCGACCAAUCAGACGGGAGCCCCCUCUAACCUCUGACCCCUCCAAUCAGCAGGCCUCAAAGGGUUUUAUCUUCUAAAUGUCUUUUUAUAAAAACAGCUGUUGAUUGUUUUUAUCGUCGGGGUCAACAACAACAACAUGUCAAACAGCGGAUCCUACUUCCUGUCUGGAGGUGGUUUGAGUCUCUGACAAUCCGAGUUUACAGAAAACAAGACGUCUGCGUCUGAACUUCAGGACUGAAUUUAUAUUUUUCCAUCAGAAGGAACUCUGUGUUUACAUCAGGGGUCGGGUUGACCUCUGACCUCUGAGCUGCCAUCUUCCACACAGAGCCGUCGGGAGCUCCGGGGCCGUUGAUCGUGGUUCGUUCAGAGGCGGUCGGGAUGUUUUCCUCGCUGGAUGAGAGUGUAGAUGCUGGUUUUCUGCUUUUUUGGUUUCAGGACUUAAACGAUGGACUUCCUCCAUAAACGUGUCUCACAAUGUUUGAGAACCCAACAGAACCCGCACGGCGCUCUCUUUCCAGGACCGUACUGCUGUUUUGUGGCUUUUAACCAGUUUAACAUUCAUUGUUUCUCUAGUCUCUGAUCAUGUGACUUUGUAAACAACCAAUCAGUGUUCAGACCAAGAGGAGGAGCGCUACUAGCGUUAGCAGCACCGCUAACGGAGAACCAGCGAGGUUCACUUCAGGUACAUGGUGUCGCGUUCAGGCUCUGCUCAGUGAACAUGAGUACUGGCUGACGGUAGAUGAUAACGUUCUCAUGAUGCGUUCAGGCUCUGCUCAGUGAACAUUUAGUAUUUUCUUUCUCUUUUUUAAAAUUCAACGGGCAAAAACGUGAAGAAACAGCGGUGUGGUCCUUUAAGAACGCGGUGCUGAUGGUCACAUGGCGGCCAAUCAGCUGUUUACGGGACGACGUCACACCUGAGACACAAACACAUAAUGUACGAAGGAGUGGACGGGAAAAAAACGUUUUUGGGAUCCAUCCCGCGGUUCUGUCUGAUUGACCAAUCGGCUGCGAGGAAGGACCCGGCCAGCCCCACAUUGGUCAGUUCAGUCGGCGUCCGAGGCAAUAACAGGAAGUGAAGCUCGGUCCCUGAACCUAUCGUAGCAGCGAAGCACUUAAACCUUAAACUUCGUUGACUCAUCGUCUCCAUUCGACCGGUUCCAUCAGUCGGUUCCGUGUCGGUCAGCUGAUCACACGUCAGUUCCUUUGACUCCAGUUGAGUUCCAUCAGUCGGUUCCGUGUUGGUCAGCUGGUCUGAGUCCUUCAGAUGGUUGUCUUCACUGCACUGAAGAGUUUCUCUCUACCGCGUGGAACACGUUACAACACAUGUUCUCCACGUGUUGCACCACAUGUUCCCCACGUGGAACACGUGUUCCACCACAUAUUCCCCACGUGUUCCACCACAUGUUCCCCACGUGUUCCACCACAUGUUCCCCACUUGUUCCACCGACGUGUUCCAUCGACGUGUUCCACCCAGGCGUGUUCCACCACGUGUUCCACCACGUGUUCCACCACGUGUUCCACCGACGCGUUCCAUCGACGUGUUCCACCCAGGCGUGUUCCACCACGUGUUCCACCACGUGUUCCACCGACGCGUUCCACCACGUGUUCCACCGACGUGUUCCAUCGACGUGUUCUACCACGUGUUCCACCGAUGUGUUCCCCACGUGUUCCACCACAUGUUCCCCCACAUGUUCCUCCACGUGUUCCACCGGCGUGUUCCACCACGUGUUCCACCGGCGUGUUCCACCACGUGUUCCACCACGUGUUCCCCACGUGUUCCACCGACGUGUUCCACCACGUGUUCCACCGACGUGUUCCACCACGUGUUCCAUCGACGUGUUCCACCACGUGUUCCACCACGUGUUCCACCGACGUGUUCCACCACGUGUUCCACCGACGUGUUCCACCACGUGUUCCAUCGACGUGUUCCACCGACGUGUUCCACCACUUGUUCCACCGACGUGUUCCAUCGACGUGUUCCACCCACGUGUUCCACCGACGUGUUCCACCGACGUGUUCCACCGACGUGUUCCACCACGUGUUCCACCACGUGUUCCACCGACGCGUUCCACCACGUGUUCCACCACGUGUUCCACCGAUGUGUUCCCCACGUGUUCCACCGAUGUGUUCCCCACGUGUUCCAUCGACGUGUUCCAUCGACGUGUUCCACCGACGUGUUCCAUCGACGUGUUCCACCGACGUGUUCCACCACGUGUUCCACCGAUGUGUUCCCCACGUGUUCCAUCGACGUGUUCCACCGACGUGUUCCACCGACGUGUUCCACCGACGUGUUCCACCACGUGUUCCACCACGUGUUCCACCACUUGUUCCACCCACGUGUUCCACCACGUGUUCCACCACUUGUUCCACCCACGUGUUCCACCACAUGUUCCACCACGCGUUCCACAUUAAAUUAGAAUGAAAUCAUUUCUAACCUGUCAGAUUUUUUAGGGAAAGAACAUUUUUAAAUAAUUGUAAAUUCAGAAAAACAGAAGCAAUUAGAUAAAUGUCCUAAUAUUUAGAUAUUGUUAAAUUUUUAUUUAAAAACAAUUGUAUUAUGAUUUAUUUAAAAAAAUAAUUUUAUGAGUAAGUCGUAUGUUACCUCAAUGUUUUAAUAUUUUAGAUUAGAAUGUGAAGAGAUGGUUGUCGUAAAGGUUUUCCUGCUCAGCUUUUAUUUCUUUACCUCUUGACUUUUAUUCUGAUGGUUUACAGGAAGUUGAAUAAAGUCUGUUUGUUGGGGUGAA